ACCCCUAAAACCCAUAAACGCCUUCCAGCCGCAGCAACACCAUCGGACGGUGAAAACGUGGCCUCCAUUGAAGACGGCGGCGACGACUAGGACGGAAGCUAUUCUCUUAAUUAUUCUAAUCUUUGUUUUGCUUUCUUUCACCGUCUUUCCUUAACACUGUUAAGCGACCCAAAGCACGGCGGACUCUGUAUCCCAUUGAAGAAAUUCAGUAGCGGUAAGCAGCUGCUCGGUGUUAAGUAAAUUUUCGGCAGUACGUGGAACUAGAGCAACGACAAUGGAAUGAAUAGGAUCCGGUUUCAACGUGUACUUGGCUGUUUUGCUCACUUUGUUCUGGUUCUGAGAAGAAUUACACUUCUGAGUUCGGAUUUAGAGGUUGAUUCUUAGUGCUUUCACAUGGAGGAUCAGAGUUCUGUGAGUGGUAAUUGUGGUAAUGGUAGCGAGAAUAAGUGGAGAGCUGAGGAAGCCAUUGCUGGAAACUCCGAGGCCCUUAAAGCAUUGAGAGAGCUGAUCGUGUUCCCGCUACUAUUCUCACAGGAAGCUAAAAAAAUCGGUCUGAAAUGGCCUCGUGGCUUGCUUUUAUACGGUCCCCCCGGCACUGGCAAGACAAGUUUAGUACGUGCAAUUGUUCAGGAAUCCGGUGCACAUUUAACCACUAUCAGUCCUCAUUCAGUUCACAGAGCACAUGCCGGAGAAAGUGAAAAAGUUCUGCGCGAGGCCUUCACCAAGGCAUCAUCUCUUGCAAUAUCCGGAAAGCCAUCAGUUAUCUUUAUAGAUGAAAUUGAUGCACUUUGUCCUCCUCGAGAUUCGAGGAGAGAGCAAAAUGUUCGUAUAACCACUCAACUUUCUAUACUGAUGGACUCCAAUAAGCAAUCAGCAUCUGGUAGACCACACGUUGUUGUAGUUGCAUCAACUAACAGAGUGGAUGCCGUUGACCCUGCACUUAGAAGGUCAGGGCGUUUUGAUGCUGAAAUAGAAGUAACAGCACCAACUGAGGAUGAAAGAUAUCAAAUUCUUAGGCUGUACACAAGGAAGGUUCAAUUGAAUCCAGAAGUUGAUUUACGAGCAAUAGCUGCAUCUUGCAAUGGGUUUGUAGGAGCUGACUUGGAGGCUUUGUGUCGUGAGGCUGCAAUGGCUGCAUUGCAAAGGUGCUCAGGUACGAAUGAGAAUGCUAUUCUCUGUAUGACAACAGAAGACUGGAAGCAUGCAAGAUCUAUCGUUGGCCCAAGUAUGACUAGAGGCAUAACUGUGGAAGUUCCGAAUGUGACUUGGGAUGAUAUUGGAGGACUUAAAGAUUUAAAAAAAAAGCUACAACAAUCAGUCGAGUGGCCUAUCAAACACGCCGCUUCUUUCUCAAAGUUGGGUAUAUCGCCUGCACGAGGGAUUCUUUUGUACGGGCCUCCAGGUUGCUCAAAAACAACCCUAGCUAAAGCAGCUGCGAAUGCUGCUCAAGCAUCCUUUUUCUCACUUAGCGGUGCAGAGAUGUAUUCUAUGUAUGUUGGUGAGGGAGAGGCCCUACUGCGCAAUACUUUUCGAAGAGCUCGUCUUGCUGCACCAAGCAUAAUAUUUUUUGAUGAGGCUGAUGUUGUUGCUGCCAAGAGAGGCGGGAGUUCAAGCGGGAACACCACCGUAGGGGAGAGGCUUCUUUCUACAUUAUUAACUGAAAUGGAUGGUCUUGAAGAAGCAAAAGGAAUACUAGUUUUAGCUGCUACAAACCGUCCUCAUGCCAUUGACGCCGCACUUAUGCGACCAGGGCGCUUUGACUUGGUGCUCUAUGUCCCUCCACCAGAUUUAGAUGCUCGUUAUGAGAUACUACGUGUCCAUACUCGUCCAAUGACAAUCGGAAGUGAUGUCGACCUCAAAAAAAUAGCAGAGGAUACAGAGCUGUUCACCGGGGCCGAACUCGAAGGCCUGUGUAGGGAAGCCGGAAUGGUUGCUUUAAGAGAAGACAUAACUGCUAGUGUUGUGUGUGGUCGCCAUUUCCAAACGGUAAAGGAUGCUUUGAAACCAGCUUUAACCUUGGAAGAUAUUGCUGUAUACUCCACUUUUAUGAAGACCCGUUCUGCUCUGCCUUCACAACAUGCCGAUUUAAGUUCAAAGAAUAAGAUUAAGAGUGAAAGAAAUUUGUUUGGUCCUGUUUCUUUGGUUAAACUUGGUUUAGUUGGCUGUUUCUUCCUUGUUCUUGCCAAGUACUUUCUCUCAAAAGAACAUCAAGUUGAGCAUGAAUUGAUGACUACCUAGAUUCCUUUUAUCUAUAAAUUUUAGUUAAAAACCUUCCCAUUUUGUACUAAA